AUGGCUAGUUGUGGAGAGGUCGACCACUCUGUUAGCUCUCUUCCAUCCAGUAAGAAAGGCAGCAGCAGUGGUGGCGGAAGUGGAAAUAGCGCAGAAUCCUCGUGUUCCGGCUCCAGCGGCUCUUCCCCAGCCCUGUCUGUGCCAGAGUGUGCCAUCUGUCUGCAGAGCUGCGUGCACCCAGUCCAACUGCCCUGCCAUCACGUCUUCUGUUUCCUGUGUGUGAAGGGGGCGUCCUGGCAGAGUAAACGCUGUGCUCUCUGCAGACAGGAAGUGCCGGAUGACUUCCUGGAAAGGCCGACUCUUCUCUCCCCUGAGGAGCUGAAAGCCUCGGCAGGAGGUCGGGCUGGUGCGGCCAGCGACCAUGCCUGGUAUUACGAGGGCCGUAAUGGCUGGUGGCAGUACGACGAGCGAACCAGCCGUGAGCUGGAGGACGCUUUCUCCAAGGGCAAGAAGACGGCGGAAAUGCUUAUUGCUGGUUUUUUGUACGUAGCUGACUUGGAGAACAUGGUGCAGUAUCGGCGCAACGAGCAUGGCCGUAGGCGCAAAAUGAAGAGGGACGUUUUGGACAUUCCCAAAAAGGGAGUGGCUGGACUGCGUCUGGACACUGAAGCUGGUAGCGGGGCCCUGGGAGCAACAAGUCGCGAAAGCUCUGCUGAUGGGGCCGAUACCACAGUAGCAGGUGUCCAGCAACAGGUCACAGGUGUUUCUACUGUUCCAGCGCCCACAGCUGCUGCCCGUCCUUCUGCUGCCCUCAGGGGUCAGCCCGACUCCCGAACAAGCCCCGAACUGGAAGAUGCCCUUUCCCAGCUACAAAUCAGCCCUCGGCCUGGGCUGGGUGAAGGGGAGGAGGAAGACGAAGAGGAGACUUCACCCUCUAGGUCCUCUGAUCCUCACACCUCUGUGGACGAGUCUGGCUCUGGAGACUGGAGUGACGAUGAGGAAGAGGAGGGGGGAGACGGGGAGCAUGUGGAGCCUUGGGAGGACCGGCCUCGGGGACAAAGACUGGCGCCAGAGGACAGAGCACCUCCUCGUGCAGAACCUGCCUCUCCCCCUACCUCAUCCAGCAGUAGUGGAAGGUCCAGAAUGCCUGACGGCCAGUGUACAGUGACUGAAGUGUGA